ACUUUUAUUUGCUGCCUGUUUUGGAAAAGUGAAGGACAAUUUCUCAAAUGCCGGUUUGAGCUGCUCUGUUACUGUUGCUCUGUGACUGAUAGCAGAUGGGUCAACGAGAGGCCUCUUAAAAGUCACAUUUUGGGGAAGAGGCAAAAGUUUUUUAAAUCCUGAUUUAGAAGAUUGGAGGGGGGUGGAUGGAAUCUGGCCCAGCCCUACGGCUGGUUCUGCUUUUGUCCAAAUAUUCCUAAAUAGUUUAGUCCAUCCCUGUUCCUGGGAUAACUCCUCCGACUUCCAUGGAGCUACUACAGGGAGAAAUUUGGCCCUUUGUUUAUUUUCUCUAAAGAGAAUGCGGCAUUCCCACGGAUGUGUUAGUUUGGAGGCAGUAUCUGUUGCCCCAGAACAACACCUUGCGCGCAACAUCUGUGCUCUGCUAGCUCUGGAGAUGGACAGAUGUCAGGGGAAGCACCGACAGUACAUACAGAGGAUGGCGGAGCCUCGAUUUAACAACCCCUACUUCUGGCCGCCCCCUCCCACCAUGCCCAGCCAGCUGGACAACUUGGUUCUGAUCAAUAAAAUCAAGGAGCAGCUGAUGGCAGAGAAGAUCCGGCCCCCUCACCUGCCCCCCACCUCGGUGUCCUCCCAGCAGCCCCUGCUGGUGCCCCCCUCGCCUGCAGAGAGCAGCCAGUCCAUCAUGUCCCUCCCCAAACUGCAGCAGGUCCCAGGGCUGCACCCACAGGCCGUCCCCCAGCCUGACGUGGCCCUGCAUGCCCGGCCGGCCACCAGCACGGUCACAGGUCUGGGGCUGGCCUCCCGUGCCCCCGCAGUCAGCACCUCGGAAUCCAGCACUGGCACCAGCACCCCUUCCACCCCCACCUCCACCAGUCAGAGCAGACUCAUCGCCUCCUCGCCCACCCUCAUCUCAGGGAUCACCAGCCCCCCGCUCCUGGACUCCAUCAAGACAAUCCAGGGCCACAGCCUGCUGGGGGCGCCCAAGUCAGAGCGAGGGAGGAAGAAGAUCAAGGCGGAGAACCCGUCGGGGCCGCCCGUCCUCGUGGUGCCCUACCCCAUCCUGGCCUCGGGCGAGACGGCUAAAGAGGGCAAAACCUACAGGUGUAAAGUCUGCCCCCUGACCUUCUUCACCAAGUCGGAGAUGCAGAUCCACUCCAAGUCGCACACAGAGGCCAAACCCCACAAGUGCCCGCACUGCUCCAAAUCCUUCGCUAACGCCUCCUACUUGGCCCAGCACCUGCGCAUCCACCUGGGCGUGAAGCCGUAUCACUGCUCCUACUGUGAGAAAUCCUUCCGCCAGCUCUCCCAUCUCCAGCAGCACACCAGAAUUCACACUGGCGACAGACCCUACAAGUGCCCACACCCUGGCUGUGAAAAGGCUUUCACGCAGCUCUCCAACCUCCAGUCACACCAGCGACAGCACAACAAGGAUAAGCCCUACAAAUGUCCGAACUGCUACCGGGCGUACUCGGACUCGGCAUCGCUGCAGAUCCACCUCUCUGCACACGCCAUCAAACACGCCAAGGCCUACUGCUGCAGCAUGUGUGGGCGGGCCUACACCUCGGAGACGUAUUUGAUGAAGCACAUGUCCAAACACACCGUGGUGGAACACCUAGUGAGCCAGCACUCGCCACAAAGGACGGAGUCCCCCGGCAUCCCAGUGCGGAUCUCACUCAUCUAAUCUGGGGCUCCCUCG